UUUCCGCUAGUGUCAGUUGCAUGGAAGACCAGCUAGCUACGUUAGCUCUACCUCGUAAAGUAGUGCCUGUGGUGACCGGUGUGCCAAUACAUCUGGUGAUAUAUAACCCUAAAGGUUCUGUCAUGACUCACUGAACAGCUGUCAACCAUCCUGACGGCUCAUCUGCAUGAACCAAACCUUAGGGGCCCAAGGGUCAGGGGGGCUGCAUCCACAGACAGGUGUGACAACACACACACACACACACAGCUUUAAAUGGGAUGCGACUGCAGAGGGUAUCUUAAUUGUCAUCAGGAAAACAAUCGUAACCUUUGGAUCCUGAGCGGGUGCAGCAGCAGCAGCAAUGAACGAAGAACCACUGGAGACCCCGGUCCCUGUCAGAGCACCUGUGAUAAAAGAUGUGGAGGGACAAAGCACAGGGAAGAAAAGCAGCGACACCUCAGAGGCAGCACCAACACCAGCACUGGAGCCUUUGGCACCCUUAGACAGGGUCGAAACACAGGAAACCCACAGCUCAGAUCCUGUGAAGAAACCUCCAGACGAAGCAGACGAGGCGGCUAAGGCCGCUGGUGUUGAGCCUCCUGUUGACUGGUUUGAGCCGCUUGAGGAGGAUGACUAUGAGGAGGACAGCCUGGCAGGAGAAAGUGAAAGGAGUGAGAGCGUGGCGGGCGAGACGGUUUUCAAAAAAGUUUAUCAGUUUCAAAUGCCCCGCCGUAAGCGAUCCCAUCCUGAUGAAGGAUGGGAUGAAUGGUCAAUACUUGGAGAAGGUUGGAAACGCAAAGAAGUUGUCCGGCGCUCAGGUUCCAGCAUUGGACAGAAGGAUGUGUAUUACCUGAGUCCGCGGGGCGAUCGAGUGAGAAGCCGAGUGGAGCUGAUUUCAUUGAUGGAGGGACAGCUUGACUUGUCAACCUUUGAAUACAAGUCAGGAAAGUUUCACGAUGGCGAAGCACCACCCAUAAGAAUACGACACAGAGCAAAGAGAAAAGUCCGUGAGCGUUCAUCCUCAGAGUCCAGCUGGAUGGAGAGAGGAGAGGGCACCGACACUCCAGACUCGCACCACACGCCCACCCCCAGUCCGGGGCGUAAAAGCCUCCAGUCCAACCAGACAAGUCUCUCCUUGCACAGUACAAUAGGAACUCCUAACAAAGGCUCUCGCAGUGAGGAUCCACCCGCUGAAGAUAGAAUUAAACUUCCCCUCCCCUCAUCGUCCAGAGCGCUCCUGCUCCCCUCCAUAAACGGAGAGGUUGGGUCAGAGGACAGCACGCUGGUCUGUGCCAGAUGUGGAAUUUCCUUCACAGGCACAUGGUAUGACAAACAAAGGAAGAGGCCCUGCUGUCCCAACUGUUGGGCGGCCUCAAAGUCAAAAGAGCAUCCGAUGAUUCGUUUCAGAAAGUGGAUUCCUUGUGGACAGUGCGUGGGAUGCCACAACACAACGAACUGUGGGCAGUGUGCCAACUGCAAGCAUGGACUGCAGAGCCCAGAUUCCAGGAAACGCUUAUGUCGGAAACGCAAAUGUAUAUGUCCCAUUCGCAAGGGCCCUGGAAGUGGAGGCUUCCUGCCGCAGAAGCCUUAUAAUGACAUUCCUGACAUCAUGUAUGAUGACAGCAUGAGUUUCCAGAGUGAAUUUGCAGACUCGCAGCACCCACAGACACAGAGUCUCAAAAGCAGCGACACGGAGAACUUCUCAGUCAACGUGGACGUGGACAUCGAUGAUGACGAUGACAUGUCAACUGACGAUGAUGAUGAUUGGCAUAAGAAGCGGAAGCGACGGUCCUGUGGAGAAUGUAAAGCCUGUCUCUGCAGGAAAGACUGCGGCACUUGUGAUUUCUGUGUAGACAAACCCAAGUUUGGAGGCAGCAACAAGAAGAGGCAGAAGUGUCGACUACGCCAGUGUCAGAGACAGGCAAUGAGACACUUGCUGCCUUACCAAAUGGGACAAGCAGACCACGGGCCAGAUGCCCAAUUGCUGCCGGGCCGGCCGAGACCUCACUACACAUACAGCCGGAAGUCAUGUUUUAAGAAGAGUAGAGGAUCACAGUAUGGCCUGGACUUCACCGACAAUGAAGACGAUGACUGUAACUUAAAAGCAAUUAACUGGAGCACUGCGCCAGCCAGUGGUAGCAAAUAUUUCUAUGAACUGGAUAUAAAGAACCACCCAUCAUCUUCGCAGCAAUUGAGUCCAAUAGAUUUCAGACUGCAUAAUGGGCUUCCUGACCGAGUUCCUCACAUCAGCGGCAACCACAACAACUCUCAACUAGACCAGCAAAGCAGAUGGGAUGCAGUGAAAUCACAUGCAGCCAGAGACAGUCGAAAGCAUGUUGAAGAAAUGGAGGAUGAUGCUGACGAUGACGAUGAUGAUGAUGAAGAAGAGGAGGAAGAGGAAGAGGAGGAGGAGGAGGAGGAGGAAGAAGAAGAAGAUGACGACGAGGAGGAGUUGCCCAUGAUCACACAGAUCUUCAGCUUGACUGCUGACACCCCGUCUGGGAGUGGUGCAGACAUAGAAAACCAGCUGAUGAAACUGCUCCAGUCUUUGCGCUCCUCUGCAAUGCCGAUGCUCUGGUACGCCAUCAUGGUGGACGGCCCGCAGCUGCAGCUCAUCCAGUGCUCUAAACAGUCCAGCCUGAGUGACACCAUAGUGCUGAUCGACCCGGGCUUCUGCUACCAGGUCACCGUCCAAAAGCAGCCGCUGCUUCCCACCCACCCGCUGUACGACCAGUACCCGGCACGCCUCACCUCUGUGACUGAAGUGGUCGGCCUGCUUUUGGGCCUGGAGGAGUACGCCGUGUGCCAGGGACUGCCCCCCAAAGAGCCCUUAUCUAACGCAGACCCGAUCAUACUAGAGCGGGCGUCGACGUGUGAUUUCUUGGUCAAGAGGAAGGUGAGCGUCUGUACUAACUGCCGAGCGCUGCAGGGACUUUAACUUCAGCAAGAAGAUCUGUAACCACAGUGGAGACCACCGAUUCUCUGGUGCAACUUUUAUUUAUAUGUGUGUGUGUGUGUGUGUGUGUGUGUGUGUGUGUGUAUG